AUGAACGGAAUACAGGUGGAUAUAAAUAGAUUAAAGAAAGGUGAAGUCAGUUUAGGUACUUCCAUCAUGGCAGUCACCUUUAAAGACGGUGUGAUAUUAGGUGCUGAUUCUAGAACUACUACAGGUGCCUAUAUUGCUAAUCGUGUGACUGACAAAUUGACUAGAGUUCAUGAUAAAAUAUGGUGUUGUAGAUCUGGAUCUGCUGCUGAUACACAGGCAGUUGCAGAUAUUGUACAAUACCAUUUGGAAAUGUAUACUGCACAAUAUGGAGAACCUUCUACUGAGGUAGCAGCUUCUAUUUUUAAGACACUAUGUUAUGAAAAUAAGGAUAAUUUAACAGCUGGUAUCAUUGUAGCAGGUUAUGAUGAAGCCAAUAAGGGACAAGUAUAUAGUAUACCAUUGGGUGGUUCAGUACAUAGACAACCAUAUGCAAUUGCAGGUUCAGGUUCUGCAUUUAUCUAUGGUUACUGUGAUAAGAACUUCAAAGAAGAUAUGACCAAAGAAGAAACAAUUGAAUUCAUGAAGCACUCUUUGUCUCAAGCAAUUAAAUGGGAUGGUUCUUCUGGUGGUGUUAUCAGAAUGGUGGUACUAACAAAGGAUGGUGCAGAGCGUUUGAUAUUUUAUCCUGAUGAAUAUGAAAAGCUUUAA